CAGCGCCACGUCAGUUUUAGAAGUACAGGCUGUUGUUCCCCCAAAACUGCACACGACCAAAGCCAAGGCUUAGAAUCACUGAAGAGCAGUUUCAGUUUCGCCAAAGACACUGGUCUGGGUCUGGGUUGUGGAUUGAUGGGAUCAGCGGUGCCUCACCCGUUCCACUUCCAGUGGGACUUAUGGGCCCCACUACCAUCGUCAUCAUCAUCAAGAGUAGGACCCACACCCCUCCACGUUAUCACUACAGCAGCUUCUCUCCGCCUAGGCCACCUUCUCCGCCACCACCUCCGUCUUGGGUUUCUCCUCCGCUCCUCCUUCAAGAGACUCUCCCAUCUUUGUAAUGUGCCUAGAUUGAAGGAUGUAUGGUCUGAAACCACUUCCAACUUCAAGGGAAUUGACAUUUUUCAAUUUACAAAUGAUGCUUUCACAUCACCAUGUUCAUCUUACUUAUGUUUCUUCGAUGGGGAGGAAAAGAAAAGGGAAUUUGGAAAUGAGGGUAGUAGAUCAUUCAAAAUAGGAACUUCCAGUUCCAGGAGAAAUUCAUUUAACAGAAGGAAAUGGACCAACAUCCUUAUAGCCAUUAAUGUCUUAAUUUAUGUUGCACAACUGGCAACACAAGGGAAGCUGUUGCUUAUGGGAGCUAAGAUCAAUAGUCUUAUUGACAAAGGACAGAUUUGGAGGCUGGCUACAUCUUCUCUUUUGCAUGCAAAUAUAGGGCACCUCAUGGUCAAUUGUUAUUCUUUGAAUUCUAUUGGCCCUACUGUGGAGAAUAUAAGUGGUCCGAGGAGAUUUCUUGCAGUUUACUUAACAUCUGCUAUUUCAAGUGCUGCUACAAGUUACUGGUUUUGCAAAGCACCAGCAGUCGGUGCAUCAGGAGCAAUCUUUGGAUUAGUAGGUUCUGUUGCUGUGUUUGUCAUGAGGCAUAGAGGCAUGAUCAGAGAUGCCAAAGAAGAUCUACAACACAUAGCUCAAGUUAUUUUCUUAAACAUGGUUAUUGGGCUAAUGUCCAAAGGCAUUGAUAAUUGGGGACAUUUGGGAGGCUUGCUUGGUGGAGCAGCAAUGUCCUGGCUUGUUGGACCUGCCUGGAAGUACGAAUCUAUGGCCAGUGAUGGUCGAAGAAUAUUCUCAGACCAAGCUCCACUUUUUUACCUUAUAGACAGAAAACGAAAACCUCGAUAGCCCAGUUAAAAAUAUUGAAUUCAUCACAUUGUGUUCUUAUAAAUUUAGCCUGCUUAAAUGGGAAGGGUCUUGUUUAAACUAAUUGUAGACUGUGCAGUUAUUUGCAUAAUUGUCUCUGUAAAUUUAUACUAAACCCACCACCAAAUUAAGUUCAUCUAUUUCUACCA